AACACACUAAAUUAACGAAAGCUAGGAGCAAAGCAAAAUACGGUUAAAAUUUGCUCCAGCUUGUGAAAACGGCAAAAAAGUAAAAUUUUUAUAUUUUUAAUGAAUCGAAAUUUUCAAGAAAAAUUAUUAGAUACGAACGAAUUUGAAAUUCGCUUAUUUGCAAAUCAAUUGGAAGCAAAUUUAUUUUGACUAUCAGUGUUUCAAGAACGGCCUCAAAAUUGGCAAAAUAAGGAAGAACAAGAAAAUGAGCUACAACGAAAAGUGUGAUGGUAUAACAAAGGAAGAUUGGAUGCGAAAGUUGGAACAAUUCCCAUAUAAACAAAGCGAUAUGAAUCGAUUAAUUAUGAAUUAUUUAGUGACUGAGGGGUUCAAAGAGGCUGCCGAAAAAUUUCAGUUGGAGGCUGGACUCGAACCGAGUGUUGAAUUGAGUUCAUUAGAUGAUCGCAUAUUGAUACGCGAAGCCGUACAAAGUGGACGAAUUCAGGAGGCAACACAUCUCGUCAAUCAAUUGCAUCCGGAGCUGCUAGACAAUAACCGUUAUUUAUUUUUUCACUUGCAACAAUUGCAACUUAUUGAAUUGAUUCGUGCUGGACAAAUUGAAGAAGCUUUAACAUUCGCUCAAAAUAAAUUAUCUGAAGCCGGUGAGGAUAUACCUGAAGCGCUUAAUGAACUUGAACGAACAUUGGCUCUAUUGGCCUUUGAAAAGCCACAAAACAGUCCUUUUUCUGAUUUAUUAGAGCAAUCGCAUAGACAAAAGAUUGCCAGUGAACUUAAUGCAGCAAUACUUAAAUGUGAACAUAGCACUGAUUCUACUCCUAAAGUGAUGUUCUUACUAAAAUUAAUUCUUUGGGCUCAGUCAAAACUCGACAGUCGAGAUGUUCACUACCCAAAAAUGGUUAAAUUGGAAACUGCUCUCAUUGAGAAGCCGAAGUAGCUCGAAAAGGAAUUUUGAAAAAUUCGAAAAUCAUCAGAAGCAAAGUACUUUCUAAGGUUAUAUUGACUGGCGCUGCUUCAUUAGUAAAAAAAAAAACAAUAAAAUAUAUGUAUUCGUGUGUACAUCCAAUUAAAAAAUAAAAGAGAUUAACACAAAUAUUUAUAUGCAACGGAGCGAGAUUUAACAGAUUUGGCGCUGUGUGUGGAGAUUAGAGUAUAUAUUUUGUUUAUAAAUAUGUCAAGAAAAUUUUCACAUUUUACAUCAAUCAUAUAUUAGAAAGUUUUAAUGACUUGGGGAAGGAUUAUUAAUUCUGUAUUUUGUCUUUAGCACUGUAACAAGAAUAGUAAGGUAUAUUAGUAAAGUAGUAAUGUUUGUUUUUCCCCUAAAAUACGAUUAACAUUUCUACAAUUAUAUCCACAAAAUAUUUGCAUCAGCAAAAUUUAUUAAAUGAAGAAAAUACUCUUAUUUUGCAAAUAUUUGCUCUUGUAUUUUGUGACC